AGGAAGACCUGUCAAAUUCCUCCCAACAAAUCUAUGCGCAUAGUCUCUUCAAAGUACUUUAACUGCGUGUUUGUCACAGGCAGUGACACCAAAAAAGGGAUUUAAAAACAAUUUCGCUUCAUUUUCACACGACUUUUUGGGCGUCUCAUCUCAGCCCUCCAUGCUCCUGCAAUCCGGCGGGUGUUAAGAUCCAUGGAAGUGGCCGGCUUCUACGACGAGGGCAGCUUUGCUAUCCACAGUAGAGACAGCAUUAUCAGUCCCGUCAGCAGCAACAGCGCAUAUUGGAGGCUCGGUGACUCGAUGACGGAGCUGGGCAUUGAGGAGCGGGAGAGAGCGAUAGACUUCAGUGUUUACCUGGACUCUGCUUUGCACUGUCCGCAGCAGCAGCAGCAGCAGCAGCAUCAGCAGCAGCAGCAGGGGGACGUUUUCUCAGAUUUCCUGGCGGAGAACAAGAUCAAGAGAGUUGCAGCUUUGCAGAACUACAAGAACUACUCGCUGUUGAACGAGCUGGAGUCGAGUCAGUGCGACAACUUGAGGGACCCCAGGGAGCCCUACGCGCUGGGUUACGCGGAGCUGCAGGAGACCCGUGUGGAUAGUGUGCUCAGCCCUGAACUGGGUCGCUACAGAGCUGCCGCUGCCGCUGCCGCCGCCGCUGCCGCUGCUGCUGAGAGAGACGACAGCCAGGAAGACGUAAAGAUGGAGAACGGGUCGUCUGGUUUUGACAUGAGGUCCUACCUUCAUUACCAGUCCACCAGCGGCAGCAUUGGGAACAUCUCCACCGCGUCCUCCACUUGCUCCAGCCCGCCCGGCACACCUGCCCCGUCAGGUAAAAGCAGGUCGCCGUCGCACGGUGGCAAAAUGUCAAGCGGGAAAUCAAAGAAGCGCCUGGACAAGGACAGUGAAGAGUACAGGGUGAGGCGGGAGAGGAACAACCUCGCCGUGAGGAAGAGCAGGGAUAAAGCCAAAAUGCGCAACUUGGAGACUCAACAUAAAGUGCUGGAACUGGCUGCGGAGAACGAUCGUUUACAAAAGCGCGUAGAGCAGCUGUCCAGAGAGCUGGCCACCCUGCGCAACUUGCUCUCUGCCACCGGACAAUGUUAAGAUUUAUAUAUAUAUAUAUAUAUAAAAACCUCCACCAGAGACUCCACACAGAUCUCUGGUUUUUCGUCUAAUCAUUGAUGGACUUUAGAGCCGGAGGUGAUCAACUGAGCUAAUGCUGAAAAACGGUACGCUUCACAAGUGAAGACAGUGACCACAGUUUACAAGACACUUUGAAUGGGACUGAAGAAGUGGGUGCAUGGAUUGCGCAAUCAUUCACGAUUCUUCACAUGUCACUGUAGCUUUAUUCUCAGAUGUAAUUUUGUGUGUGUGUGUGUGUGUGUGUAUGUAUGCAGUAUUUUCUGUGCAGGUUUUACAUACAGGCGAGUGAAUUUCUACAUUUUUUUGUGUGUAUCUGGAGCAAUGGUUGUCAAGGGAAGAGUUGUGCUGCAGUGAAAUGAUGCAACUCUUUGUAAUAGUAUUGGCAAUGAAUGAAAUAAGUCUAAUUAUUUAAUAUUAAAAGGGGAAAUGCAUUAAUUGUACUUGAUAUUUUAUUGAAUUAAACAGAUUUAUACUUUGUUUAAUCAA